GCGGUUCAGGUCGGAAUUAUUCGGCGGUGCACGCUGAUAUGGCUGCGCUGGUAGUGAGACGAGUUCGGGACGUGCUGAAGCGUGCACACUUCGCGACCAUCCCGCGGAGACAUCGACAUAAGAAGAAAUGGGCUGCCACGGAGCCCAAAUUUCCUGCCACUCAACUGGCUCUGCAGAAUUUUGACAUGACUUACAGUGUGCAAUUUGGUGAUCUCUGGCCAUCCAUCCGGGUCAGUCUCCUUUCAGAGCAGAAGUAUGGUGCACUGGUCAAUAACUUUGCUGCCUGGGAUCAUGUGAGUGGUGAGCUGGAGCAACUGAGGGCCAGGGACUUUGUGAAGGAAGCCAUUUCCCACGGGGAACUGGAGCCCGAGGGUGGCCAGACUCCAACUCCAACUCCAGCCUCCGGGGCCUACAGCCCGAACCUUCGAUGCUUCACUUUUGCCAGAGGGGAUGUCAGUCGGUUCCCUCCUGCCAGGCUUGGCAGCCUGGGUGUCAUGGACUACUACCUGAUGGAUGCUGCUUCCUUGCUGCCUGUCCUGGCCCUUGGCCUGCAGCCUGGCGACACUGUGCUUGACUUAUGUGCAGCGCCCGGGGGAAAGACACUAGCACUGCUUCAGACUGGCUGCUGCCGCAAUCUCGCUGCCAAUGAUGUGUCCACUUCUCGAACAGGCAGACUACAGAGGGUCCUUCACAGCUAUGUGCCUCAAGAUAUCAGGGAUAGAAAUCGAGUUCGAGUCACCUCAUGGGAUGGCAGGAAGUGGGGAGAACUGGAGGGGGACACCUAUGACCGGGUGCUGGUGGAUGUGCCCUGUACCACAGACCGCCACUCCCUUCACGCGGAGGAGAACAACAUCUUUCAGCGGUCGAGGAAGAAGGAGCGGCAGAUGUUGCCUAUGCUUCAGGUGCAGCUGCUCGCGGCUGGACUCCUUGCCACCAAACCAGGAGGCCAUGUUGUCUAUUCCACCUGCUCACUCUCACACUUACAGAACGAGUAUGUGGUGCAAGGCACCAUCGAGUUCCUGGCCAAUCAAUACAGCAUCAAGGUUCAGGUGGAAGACCUGACUCACUUCCGAAAGCUUUUCAUGGACACAUUUUCUUUCUUCCCAUCCUGCCAGGUUGGGGAGCUGGUAAUCCCAAACCUCUUGGCCAAUUUUGGGCCUAUGUACUUUUGCAAAAUGUGUAGGCUGACAUAGCAUCACCCUGUUCCCGAAGUCCUGGUGUAGGAGGGUGAAGGGUAUACUCCCGUGGAGGCACCAGAAACUGAGACCCGUGGCAAAGAUGCACUCUGGGUCCUAUCUCCAUCCUGUUCAAGUCUUUCUAUAGACAGUUUUCAGCGUUAGAAAGUAGGAGUUUUUCUGUCCUGCUGUCCAGUUGUGAGAGCAUCAGCAGGUUUCUAACUCACUUAUUAUACCCUCUCCCCCCAUUUCUAAGCCUGUGCUAAAGGUUCCUGCCCCAUUAAGAGCUGAGAAGGAGGAGCCAGUGAGCAGGCCCACACUUUAAGCUGUAAACUUGGGAAGAAGCAUUUAGCCAAUAAAACUGUUGAAGCUCCAUAGAGCUGGGGCUGUAGUUGGGGCCUCCUGUCAGUCCAAGUACUGUUAGUGCCGUUUGUACCAGCUGCCAUUACUGAGCACCAGCUCCUAGGGCCCCAGUGCCCAGGAGACCUCUUGGUGGCAGCCUGGUGGCAGACCUCUGGUGACAGAGCACCUCUCACACUUGAAGUGAGUUCUGCGUGUGAUCAGUCCUCAGCAACCGAUGGGCCCAAACACGCCUCCGUAGUUCCUUCAGACAGCCCCCGAUCAAAUUUAAGGAACAAGCAACUAAAAAUGUUAAGCCAAUCAUGAUAAUCCGCUUCCUAGCGCUGAGAAAGCUCUCCCGAGCUGCGUCCUUGCAGCCGCUCCUGCCGCCCACAUCACUGCUGCCCCGGGUGGCAGGGGAAGCUGCCCAAACCACAGGGCUGUGAUCCUCUCCUGGGCGCUUCUGCCGUCGUUCAUCCCUGUAGCAGGUGUUCCUGGAGCUCCUGUAGGACAGGUAGCCGGGGAGCUGUUGGAGGUGUAGCGGCAGUUGGGACCGUGGGAGAUGAGACUCCUCGUCCUCCUUCAUGGCAGCUCUCCUCCUUUUGCUUUCCGAGCACCUAGGCAUCUGAUAUCUUUUUCUGUUAUAUUAUGCUUUUUGUUUUGUUUUUCUUGUUCCUGGUCUGUGGCUGAGCCCUGGUUCUAGUUGUUUGGCCUAGCCCUCGGUCCCUCGGAGCUCUUCCCCAGCAGCACAGGGCCUCCCCUCCCUGAGGGUAUGAGGUUUGGGGCAAUAUUACAUCAUUCUGACUGCAUGCUAAUUAUGUUGUCUUUGUCACUCUAACAUAAAGAAGGUAAUCCCUUAAUGGCAGGGAUAUUAAAAAUUGCUUAUGGUCACUUGUAAAUUAUUGCUUUUUUUAAUGAAAAAAAUAAUUUUUCUUCCUGAGAAACUGGCCUUUGUGCAGAAAAGGGAGCAUAAUUUUAGAAUACUUAUGUUCUUCGUUUUCUUUCUUUUUCCCUCCUCUUUCUUUUUCCCUCCUCUUCUUUCUCUCACUCAUUUUGUUCUUUAUGCCUUUCCUGCUAAUGGUAUUAGAGGUGUCAGCUGAGAAGGAUUUUGGAUAAGGUUAAGCCUUCUCUUUUCUUGGGAUUUGCGUUGUAACUGAGUGCCCUGAAACAUCUUUCAGACUCCAAGUCCAGUGAAGCUAGGAAGAUGGAGCUCCAGGGAGUAGGACUUCAAUUAGCCUCCAUGUGUGGUAUGUGGCCCCGGCCUGCUGUUUACUCUCAGUAUUGGCUGAGGCUGGGAGGCCUCAGGCGCCUGGGUUUCUGCCCUUGGCCUCCUGGGUAUCCAGCCUGGUGCUAACAAUGCUAAAAGCAGUGCUAAUUCAAGAUUGGGUCUCCUGCCCCUGGGGUCCCAGUCUAACUGGGGACAGACUGACUCAGGUUGGAAAGGCAAAGAACUACUUUGGAAAAAAGUUUGAUUAUCUCCUGUAAUUGAACAUCUACUUACUCUACAGCGCAGUUAUUCCAAUACUAGGGAUAAAUCCAAGAGAAACUCAUACAUGUACACCAGAAGAUUUGUACAAGAUUGGUUCAUAGCAAUCCCCAAAGGAAACGCAAAUGCCCAUGAGCAGCUGAGUGGACAAAUAAACUGGAAUAUUCACACAAUGGCAUAUUAUAUGGCUGUCAAAUGAAGCACAGUGAUACAAAACAGUAUGGAUGAACCUUUAAAAUAAAAUAUUAAAUGAAAAAAGUUCAGUCCCAAAAGAUUAAAUGUAGCAUGAUGCCAUUUAAAAAAAAAAAAGGAAAACAUGAAAAUUUGUUACUAUUUGCAGACAAUAUAAUUGAUAAUUUUAAAUGUACUGUUUAAUGAAUUUUGAUAAUUAUAUAUAAUAAUAUAAUCACCAUCACCAUCAAAAUAUAGAAAGUAAUUCUAUCUUCUAAAAAGCUUCCUUGGGGCACCUGGGUGGCUCAGUUGGUUAAGCAUCUGCCUUCGACUCAGGUCAUGAUCCCGGGGUCCUGGGAUCGAGCCCCGCAUUGGAACUUGCUCAUAGGGGAGCCUACUUCUCCCUCUGCCUGCUGCCCCCCUACUUGUGCUCUCUCUUGUCAAAUAAAUAAAUAAAAUCUUUACAAAAUAAAAAAGAUAAAAAGCUUCCCAGUGCUCCUUUGCACUCAAUCCCCUUCCCCCAUCCUUGGCCCCAGGAAAUCACUGCUUUCUGUCACUAGAAUUUAGCCUAGUCUAGAAUUCCUAAUGUGCCAUUUAAAGUCUGAAGCUCCCCUGAUGACUCCCAGGGUCACUUCCUUUACUGGUUUACUUAUGGUGAAUAAGUUAACAUUACUAAUGGUUUAUAACUGGCCUAACGGGUUACGUGUUUCUGGCUUGAUUACAUGGCCAGAGUAGCAUAAAAACCCUUCCGUGAACUUCUAAUUUGAGCUCUCCCAAAGCCAAGAUUCCUUACGCAGAUCAUAGUGAUUCAAACAAAAGAUAGAAUGCUCUGUUGCACAUCCUUGCUAAUACUUGGUAUUGUAAGUUUUAAACUAUAUUCCAGUGGGUGUCUCUGAGUAUCUCAUUGUGGUUUUAAUUUGUAUCUCUGUCAUGUUUUAGAGUUAAAUACAACUAAGAAUUCAAAAACUUUUUUUUUUUAAAGAUUUUAUUUAUUUAUUUGACAGAGAGAGAGAUAGCGAGAGCAGGAACACAAGCAGUGGGAGUGGGAGAGCGAGAAGCAGGCUUCCUGCCGAGCAGGGAGCCCGAUGUGGGACUCGAUCCCAGGACCCUGGGAUCAUGACCUGAGCCGAAGGCAGACGCUUAACGACUGAGCCACCCAGGCGCCCUCAAAAACAUUUUUAACAAACACAUAUGCCAUAAAACUAUGUAAAAAGGACGGAAGGGUUCUCACUGUGGGAUUCAGGAUAAUGGUUCCCACAGGUAAGGGGGACAGGAUGGAGCCGGAGGGAACAUAUAGUUAGAUUAGGUUAUUGUCAACUGAAUGAGUGAAAAGCUAUGCAUAAAAGUAUGUUGUACAUGAUAAAAAUGUGUCAUGAAAAAGGAUUUUGAUUAAUCCAAUUUUGUGCACAUGAUGACCAAAAAAAUAGAGGGGUAGAGAACCAGCUCACAAAGUAUAAUAGUGCUGAAUGUGGCUUGAUAGGGGCUGUGGGAGGGGCUAUAUCUGGAGACCUGGAAGCUUAGCUAUGUUGCCUCAGUCUUCCUCGUGGGUUCCCCUUUCUGUGUGACAUACAAUAGCCCAUCCUUGGCAGAGGACCAAGUGUUGGGACAGUCAUGGGUCACAUUAGAGAGAUGGUUUGGGUCUGUGGUUUUCACCUUGUUGGGGGGUAGGGGUCAUAAAUCUGUCUGAGAGACUGGUAAAAGCUUUGGCAGUCUCAGGGGAAGAAUGCAUUUUACACACAAUCCCGGGGUUUGGGCGCUUCCUACAGACCAUCUGCAAACCCCAAGUUAAAAACCUUUAGGGAAAAAAACACCAAAAACUUUGGAUUAGAAGGUCUCAGGAUUUGAGGGUCUUUAGAGGAGGGCAAGGGGGGGCAGGCAGAGCCCCAGUGGCUAACUCCAAUCACCACUUUCUCUUCUGCCAACUUGCUCUUCCUCACUGUGUGCGUUCCUCACCUCCCAACACAGCGCCACCAUGGGCCCUGCUGCCCAAGCCAGAACCGUGGCUGCCCUUGACGCCUCAUUCCUAACAGCAGUGGUGGUGAUGGCUACUGCGUGUUGAGCAGUUGUCUAUCCCAGACUGAUGCUAAGCAUUGUUUUAUAGGCAUCCUUGUUUCUUACCCUCACAAAAACCCUGAGAGAUAGGUACUCUUUUUAGUUCCAUUUCAUAGAUAAGGAAACAAGCUUGGACCUCUUAAGUAACUUUUUUUUUGGUCUUUUAUCCUUUUAAUCAAAAAACUUUUACAACACAUAUUUUGAUACAUAAUUUGUUAGGGAAGCAACAAUUGUCUAAUUGUGGAUAUGACUUUAUGUACAUUUCAGUUUUUAGGUAAAAUAUGGGGAUGUCCUUAUCUCACCAGUGACUUUCCUUAAGUAACUUUCUUCCAUAGAUAAUUUACUCAUUUUUUAAAAAAGAUUUUAUUUAUUUAUUUGAGAGAGAUAAUCUUCAGUAAUCCCCCUAACAAAAUGUUUGCCAUAUUCUCUAACCCAUUGUAUGCUUGACUCUAUGUGCUGAUAUAAAAUGGUAUUAUGUCUGAUUGCUAAUGAGUCUGGGUUUAUUUUUAAGUUUUUUUUUCCUUCAAAAAGCCAAAUUGUAUGUAUGUAUGUAUGUAUUAUUUUUUUUUAUUUUUCACCCAGUUACCCCACCCCCCACCCAGACCACUCAAGUAACUUUCAAAAAAUUACACACAAUCAGAAAUUUCUUUCUUGAUCCCUCUAAAGCAGUCUGAAAGAGGUCUAGUAUGCUGAAGCGUAGAAGGGGAUGGUUGUGGAAUCCGAGGUUAGAGAAGCAGGCAGAAGCCAACUGCUCCAGGAGUAGGUGUUUUGUCCUGAGUAACUGGAAACCAUCAUAGGAUUUUUAAGCCAGAAAAUGAUCUGAUCAGAUUUCCGUGGGCCUCCUACUGGGAAUAUGAUUAUCAAUAGUAUUUGCUGAAUGAGGAAAUUAGAUAGCUGGCUGAACAAAGCAUGCUUCUGAAGGUCAGUCCCCUCCUUCAGCUUACUCAGCCUUCAUUUCUUUGAGUAAAUGGGAAUUGCUGAAUGCCAAGCAGCUCAGACUGCAUUUUGAGGUGACACAUUAGGAGGCACGUUGGCAAAUGGGUAGAGCCUGAGGAGGGUGACCAGGACAGAGAGGAAACUGAAAGUCUCAGCCUGGGAAGAGGAGUUGAGGGAAUUGAGAGUAUUACACCAGGAGAGGGGAACACCUGGGCGAGAGAGAUGGCCUCUCUCAAUAGGACUGUUCUGAGGCAGGGUGGGCAGAGGUAUUUUGAGUGUCCCCAGGGGCAGAGCUGGGGCCAGUGGAAAGAAGGUGUAGUGGGCCAGAUUGCAGGUCACCAUAAGAAAUCUUUAGUGUUUUUUUUUUUUUUCCCUAGAUUUUAUUUUUAAGUAAUCUCUACACCCAACAUGGGGCUCGAACUCACAACCCCAAAAUCAAGACUGGUCUCCACAGACUGAGCCAGCUAGUCACCCCUAAGUUAGUGUUUUCUGAAUUAUGCUUCACAACCAUGAUACAUCAAUGGCCAUGAAAUCAGUUUUAUGGGUAUGGAGAGCAGUAGGACUUUUCACAGAUACCUAGUUACUCAUCCUCCUGGGCCCUUGGCAGAGUUGCCUUCCCCACACUCUCUGCAGUUAGGCAUGGCCAUGUGACUUGCUUUAUGAAAUAUUAGCAGAAAUUUUUUUUUGGUAAGAUUUUAUUUAUUUGACAGAGACACAAUGAGAGAGGGAACACAAGCAGGGGGAGAGGGAGAAGCAGGCUUCCCGCUGAGCAGGGAGCCCGACGAGGGUCUCGAUCCCAGGACCCUGGUAUCACGACCUCAGCUGAAGGCAGAUGCUUAACGACUGAGCCACCCAGGCGCCCCAGAAAUAUUGUUUUUCUUCCACAUUUCUGGAUGAAAGCUUUGAACGUGAGCAUCAGAUUUGCUGUGUCAUUCCCACCAUGGGAACGUUGGUUGAGAUGGAAGCUGCAUUGGCUUGAGUACCCUGGUGACUGUGUUGAGCAGAGCCCCCAUGGACCUGCAUGACACAUGUGGUGAGAGUGAAAAAUAGCUGUGGUUGUGUGAAGCCACUGAGAAUUUGUGUUGUGACUGAAGUAGAACUUAGUCUAUCCCGACUGAUGCAGUGGGCAUAGACCAGCUCUGCAUUUUUAAUGAAAAAGAAUAGAAAAAAUACCAGAUGCACCCCAAUGUGUAGUGACAGCAGAUCAGUGGUUGCCUGGGUGGGCUAGGGGGAGGAUAAGAUUGGGGAGUGAAGACAAAAAGAAUAAAUAGAUAAAAUAUGAGAGGGGCUUGGAUGGAUCCAUGAUGAUAAUGUGCUGUACACUGAGGAGUGUGAUGAACUCAAUCAUCUGUACCUGAGGGAAUGAAUGAAAGACUGAACAGACCAUUGGUCAGUAAAGGUGCUAGUAGUGUAAGUUACCUAGGGAGUUGAGUGGGAUGGCCUCCCGGGACGACUUUCCCCUGAUCCAGAGAGCUGAAUGGUCAGGAGGGGGAGUGUGACCAAGAAGUGGGCAGGUAAUUUGGGACUCCUACAAUAUCAAUGUCCUUUUCUCUCCCCGCCUCCCCUUUUUGUUUGUCCCAACAGACCAGAGUCACUCAGCUCCUUUCUGUUCUGUUCCUUUCAAGCCCUGAUGCCUUUAGUGGUUGCCCUUCCCAGAUUGGGGCACUUUAUUUCCAGAGUAGUUCUUCAGACUUGAACCUGGACUGUUACUUUAUUUAUUGAAGAGGGUAAGGAGAGGCCCCAAAGUCGAAGCAGUUCCAAGCAGUACUCUCUGUAUUCCCAUGAUGGUCCUCAUGGCCCAGUCCUACUUGGAUCUUCCCCAGAGCUCCCCUAGGGAAGACCUUGGCUCCCUCUGGUGUCUUGAACUGCUUCUCCUUUUCCUUCAGUUUGAUAUCACCUGCUUUCGAUCUUCUAAGAAUUUUACUUUUUUUUUUUCUGGUUUGCCAAUAAAUAGCUCGUUUUUCUUCUAAAAAUACUUUUUUCUGUUAUUUUAAUGGAGAAGGUAAUUGUGUGCUUUACCUGCCAUCUGGAACCUGAGGCUUCUGAAUUGGGUCUUAAAGAAUGAAUAGAAGUUUGCCAGGCAUUGUGUGUUGUAGGGUUGGGGUGGUUGGAAGAAGAGUAUGGAGGAACCCUGGACAUGAGAUGUCAAGGAAAAUAGUGUGUCCAAAGGCACAGGACAACACUGGGGCCUAAAUUGUUUGAGGAAGGCUGGGAAGUUAGCUAGGACCUUUCUUCAUACUCGUGCUCAUUCCAACAGCCUGCCAGGACCAUUAGAUCACUGAGCUUUAACCCUAUCUGUAUGUUCACCCAACCCACAGAACCAAAUGUGGGCAUCUGCCAGAACCGUGGGCUUAGAUGCCGCUGUUUGUGAAGGAAGUUCUAAGCAGGCUGUUGCCCGCUAGAGAAGCCAGAGGGCUUGACAGUUGCAUGCCCAGACUGCCCGCACGGUAACAUCAGUCACUGCAGACAGCAGCUCUGCCCCUGCCGGUUUCAAGGGAACUCACGUUGGUGGAGCCAGGAAUCACACAGGUUCUAGCCCUGG